GUAGGUGAUCCAUUCCAUUCAUCCCUCCCAGUCGUUCUUCUCUUCACUUCUUCUUUUUCCGAGUCUCUCAGCCGUAGACGGAAGUCACACUCCCCCCGCGCCUCCACCACCGUCGUAAACCCUCCGAUUCAGGCCAACACACUCGGCUAUGGCUCCUCACGGCGAAAAAUCGGACGCUGCGGAGGACGCCAUGGUUUCCGGAGCUGAGAAGCGCCCCGUUUCCUCCGUCCUCAUCGUCAUCGCUAUGCAGACCGAGGCGCUUCCGGUGGUGAAUAAGUUUAACCUCACUGAGGUCCCUGACUCCGGGUUUCCGAAAGGAGUUCCUUGGGUUCGGUAUCAUGGUUUUUACAAAGAUCUUGAGAUUAAUCUAGUGUGGCCCGGAAAAGAUGAAUCUUUGGGGGUUGAUUGUGUAGGCACAGCUCCUGCAUCUCUUGUGACCUAUGCUUCCAUUCAAGUAUUACAGCCAGACCUAAUUAUCAAUGCAGGCACUGCUGGUGGCUUUAAGGGCAAAGGAGCAUGCGUUGGUGACAUUUAUCUCGCAUCUGAUGUUGCUUACCAUGAUAGAAGGAUACCUAUUCCUGUUUUUGAUUUAUACGGAGUUGGCUUGCGACUCGCCUACACAACACCCAGUCUUCAAAAGGAACUUGAGCUAAAGGUUGGCAAGCUGUCUACUGGCAACUCUUUGGAUAUGUCUCCACAGGAUGAAGCAUCAAUAGUUGCAAAUGAUGCUACCGUUAAAGACAUGGAGGGUGCAGCCGUUGCCUAUGUGGCAGAUCUGUUGAAAGUCCCAGCAAUAUUUGUUAAAGCUGUGACUGAUAUAGUCGAUGGUGAAAAACCAACUACAGAAGAAUUCAUGCAAAAUUUGGUUGCAGUGACUGCUGCACUUGAACAGGCGGUCACCAAAGUUAUUGAUUUUAUUAACGGAAAGUGCCUCUCCGAACUUUGAGGCAUUCAUUCAAACUUAUAUGUUGUGUAAUGAAAAAUGUCCCUUUCACGUCAAGUUUAUUAGUUAGAUCUGCUUAUUUUAAAGGGUUUAUUGUUAAGUUCCAAAUUUGCAGCAGCAAAGGUUCAUAGUUUGUGUAAACUAUAUUUGACAGUAUUUAUGGCGACUUGAUUACUAGUUUGCUUUCA